AUGGGCGGCUUCGUCGAUGCAGAAGGCCAUCCGAUCGUCACGAAAGCUCAACUAGCUUCACCACUGGCAAGUGUAGUGAAGGAAAUUCAAGCCAUCGAGGAGGCGGGCAUCGAUGAUCGUAGUAAAGGCGACAUGUUCUCUAAGGUCAUUGCCCUCUGUCAAGGACUAUGGUUCAUCGCCCAGUGUCUAGCGCGAAAAGGACAGCAUCUCCCCAUUACCGCACUCGAGGUGGCUACAUUAGCCUUUGCAGUCGUCAACGCGCUCACUUGGCUACUCUGGCUGAAGAAACCGCUGGACGUGUGCUAUCCCAUUCGCCUCCCUCUUCACACUGCCCCAAUAGGCUGGCAUAACCGUGGUCCGCCCUACCCUGCUGCCCUCUCCUGGUUCGAACACUUCGGUGGUGUAUUCACGAAUCUAUACCACACCGAUGAAUACGACCCACUCGACAACACCUCCGUCCCCACCUUCUGGUGUGCGCGGUUUACAGACUACAGUGCUCUGCAGUACUCUAGCAUACUGUCGUGGUCCCUCGCCGACAGCAGCCAAUUGAUCUGUGGCGUCCUGUUUGGCGCCAUCCAUUGCUCCGCAUGGAGUGCUGCAUUCCCUUCCCCCGCCGAAAUGUGGCUCUGGCGCUCCUCUGCGCUGCUAAUCACAGUCUUGCCAUAUACAUUCGUAUUCGGCAUCAUACUGCAGCGCGUUCUCUCGCUUAACCAGAUACGGCGCGGUAUCAUAGCAGUCAUCACGGUGUACUCGGCGGCACGAGUUAUUCUCCUCAUUGUACCGCUCACGGCACUCCGAGCCCUUCCUAUCGCUGCAUUUUCAGACGUGGAAUGGAGCAUUUAUAUUCCACACUUGUAA